AUGGCAUUGCACAGUCGCAGUAGGGCGAUAUUCACCGUGUCCAUGGUAUUCCUGUGUCUAUCGUUUAUUGCCGUUGCUCUGCGGUGCUUCGUCCGGCUGAGACUGGUGAAGGCUUUUGGAUGGGAUGAUGGCCUGAUGGUGUUAGCAAUGCUACUCAACAUCUGGUUCUCAAUAUGCAUACUGGCUGGCUCGGUUGCCGGGUUCGGGAAACGAUUUAGCCAGUUCGACUCCUUAGAAGAUACCCAAACGGCUCUGCUGUGGUGGUGGCUUGCCCAGAUCGCCUAUGUUUGCACCGUGGCAACUGCACGAAUCUCCAUCGCAAUGCUCCUUCUCCGUCUUACCGUCCGCCGGCGCCAAUCAGCCGUCCUGUAUAUGGUCAUCGGGCUAACAUCCACUGUCGGCCUUGCCUUCUUGCUUAUUCUGACAUUGCAGUGCUCUCCGGUUCGAGAUUUCUGGCAACAAACGGACCGAAGCCACUGUAUUGACGCCAAGUAUGUAGUGGACAUUGCAUACUUGUAUAGCGCGACUGCAUGUCUUUGCGACUUCACCCUUGGACUCUUCCCUGUAUAUCUUGUGAAAGACCUGCAUAUGAGCUGGAGGACCAAAUGGGCGAUCAGAGGCAUUCUCAGCAUGGGAUGCUUAGCCGGUGCUGCCGUCGUAGUCCGUUUCCCCUAUCUCCGGAACUAUAACCAUCCAGACUUCCUCUAUGCCACCGCCGGUAUCGCUAUCACGUCCAACAUCGAGGCCGGUCUUGGCAUCAUGGCUGGAGGUCUCAUCACGCUCCGUCCACUCAUGCGCUGGCUCCGAGACGUCAGUCAAAAGGUGUCGAGCGCAGCAAAAGGAGUAGCAUCUAGUAGUAAUCGAACGCAAACCUCCUCCUCCGUUGAACAAAAGCACCCCUCACCAAUUCAGGGGCUGCCUGAUAUUGAAGCGCCUGAUAUUGAAGCAGCAAUGUCGUCCCACCCAUCGCUGACCGAGGAACCUCGGCUUGCAGCUGGGGCGAUAUAG